AUGUUGACCUAUUUCAAUCUUCCAUGCUGGCUCUGUUUCCUCCCUUCCACGACUGACCGUCGAUGUGUUCAUCAACUUGAGGCAUCCGAUGCUGCGGUGUUUGCCUAUGACGGCCGGGGGGCAGACUGCAUGGCAGUGCGCCUGUAUGCGGCUUGGCCGCAAGAAGUGAAGAAAGAGCAUUCUAUACCACGUUUGAAGCCAUUUCGGCCUGGGAAGCCGCGCCUUCCCGAGGAGGAUCGGGCCUUUGGUCUGGAAGUCGCGCAUCGGAAGAUGGAGCCUGGCACCUUGGCGAAGACGUGCCGGGACCCGUAUCAGACCGUAUCCCAUCCGUAUCCCAUCCGUAUCCCUGUCUGGCAGAGCAGGUUCGAGUUUGCUCCUGUGGGAUUGUGGAGGCAAGAGGCUUGGACACGCAAAGUGGGCAUGCGCCCCAGCCUGCUUUGUGACGCUUUCGUGGCCCUCUCAGUUAAGGUUCGGUCUGAUGAUCCCUGGCGGUUAGUUUUUCAAACGCCAGAGGAGGAGGAAGCCACCGCGCAGCUCCUCCGCGAGGAGGCGGCAGCGGCUGCAGCCGCCCGGGUCGCCCUGAAGGCUUUGGAAGAGACAACAGGGCAUGGGGUGUUCAAUAGGGCGGAUGCAGUUCAAGUGCGGACUGCUGGGAACGGGGAUGGGCAAGGGUCAGCUGGCAUAGCUGGCAACUUGUCGGGCGGAAAUCAGAUCGCACGAGGUGUUGAUGGGUUUGUGCACAUCCCUGGCGCCGUGUCCCGAGACCUGGUCCUGGCUGCCAGGAAGGAAAUCAACAGGCAGCUGGGAGCGGCCACAGGUGGCACGGACCAGUUCAAGGCAAAGACCUUUCCAAAGAGGCCCGAGAUCACCAACCUCUUCAACUCCUCCAGCUUGCCGUUCAUUCUGGAGCGACUCCUAGGCCCACGCGAGAAAGGCGCGUACCGCGCGGACUCCGGGCAGAUCGCGCUGCGCUUCCCCGGCGACAUGUGCAUCAAGGACACUGUGGACAGCGACUAUCAAAACUUCGAGCGCAUCCGCCAGGGCUGGCACAUAGACGGCACUCCUUCCAACUUCGUUCCUGGUGUGACGGAUCACUGGGGCAAAAUCACGAACUUUGACGCCUUGGUGGGGGUUCUGCUCAGCGACACGGAUGCGAACAUGAGCGGCGAGCUCUGCUGCUACCCCGGCUCGCAUAUGGAACUAUCUGGAUAUUUUAAGCACCACGGGUUUGAUGCAGUUGCGAACAAAGGUGUCGAGGGACUUCCCACUGGCAAGAAGACGGACGGCGUGCUGCACAAGCCGCCGAUGCACUGCAACGGGCAAGCCGGUGAUGUGUUCCUGGCCAACUACAUGGUGGCACAUUUCAUCGCCCCCAACACUUCCCAAGACAUCCGAUACGCGGUCUACUUUCGCAUCCGUGGCCCUUCCUUCGACCUGGAUCCCCUCUACAAGGAGAGCAUGCUGGACCCCCUGCUGAACUGGAGCCUAGAUGGACCAGAGGCUCCAAAGAAGCCAGCCGCCAAGCCGGCGCUGAGACGAGCCGCCACACUGGAGGAAGCUGAUCGCAUAAACGAGGUUCUGGACCACUAUGCUGCGGCGAACAACGACCACACCGUGCCCAGUUAA